AUGGAUACAAUGAAUCAGUUGAUUCUACUAACGGGUAUACGUUUCUCGCAACGUAAUCCUGAUCGAAAUUUUCCAUACGGGUACGGUAAUGUUCGGUACGUGUCUUCUUUGAUCACCGGUUGUGGUAUACUGUCGUUUGGAUGUGGUCUUUCGAUGUAUCAUGGCAUUAGCGGGUUACUUCACGGUGGAACACUGGAACCACUCACCUAUGCAUAUUACGCUUUAUUUAUGUCAUUACUAUUCCAAGGGUCAUCCGUCAUAACCGCUUUCCGAGAAGCACGGCGAAAAGCUGCGGCUGCUAGAAUAUCACUUAUCAAUUAUGUGCGAACCACAGCAGAUCCGAGUCUGAAUGUGGUACUUCUUGAGGAUUCUGCCGCCGUGACAGGUGUAGCGAUUGCACUAACGGCCGUCUCGUUGAGUUCCGUAUUCGAGUCAACAAUUCCGGAUUGUUGUGGAUCGAUUUUAAUUGGGUGUUUAUUAGGUACUGUUGCAUCGUUUAUAAUCAGAACGAAUGCAGCACAUUUGGUGGGUAGGUCACUUCCGAAACGAAUCACCGAUGAUAUUGUAUGCAGACUGGAAAAUGAUCCCAUUAUUAGGUGA